UUGUGUUUCCGGUCUGGAUUGGAUGACGCUCCACUGAGAGUUUCUGCUGCGGUUUGAUCAAAGUCACCGAGAGGAGGUAGAAACAGGAAGUGUGUGGCCGUGUGCUGCUUCCUUCCUCAGCUGACCUGUGACUCACUGAGCGUGCUCAGUAGGAGGGUUUCCCUCCACACACAGUUUCUGUUGCAACACACACACAACCGUCGUCAUGGUGUUAGCCGACCUGGGGAGGAAGAUCACCUCGGCGCUGAGGUCCCUCAGCAAUGCCACCAUCAUCAAUGAAGAGGUGUUGAAUGCCAUGUUAAAGGAGGUGUGUGCUGCUCUGCUGGAGGCCGACGUCAACAUCAAACUGGUCAAACAGCUGAGAGAGAAUGUCAAGUCUGCCAUAGAUCUGGAAGAGAUGGCCUCAGGUCUGAACAAGAGGAGGAUGAUCCAACACGCCGUCUUCAAGGAGCUCGUCAAGCUGGUGGACCCUGGUGUGAAGGCCUGGACUCCCACUAAAGGGAAGAACAACGUCAUCAUGUUUGUUGGUCUGCAGGGCAGCGGGAAAACAACAACCUGCUCCAAGCUGGCGUAUUACUACCAGAGGAAAGGCUGGAAGACGUGUCUGAUCUGUGCUGAUACCUUCAGAGCAGGUGCCUUCGAUCAGCUGAAACAAAAUGCCACCAAAGCCAGAAUCCCCUUCUACGGCAGUUACACAGAGAUGGACCCGGUGGUGAUCGCCUCCGAGGGCGUCGACAAGUUCAAAGGCGAGAACUUUGAGAUCAUCAUCGUAGACACGAGUGGACGACACAAACAGGAAGACUCACUGUUCGAGGAAAUGUUACAAGUCUCCAACGCUGUGCAACCAGACAACAUUGUGUACGUGAUGGACGCGUCGAUUGGUCAGGCCUGCGAGUCUCAGGCUAAAGCCUUCAAAGACAAAGUGGACGUGGCGUCCGUGAUUGUCACCAAAUUGGACGGACACGCCAAAGGAGGAGGAGCUCUGAGCGCCGUGGCGGCCACCAGGAGUCCCAUCAUCUUCAUCGGCACAGGGGAACACAUCGACGACUUUGAGCCGUUUAAGACUCAGCCCUUCAUCAGCAAGCUGCUCGGGAUGGGAGACAUCGAAGGACUGAUCGACAGAGUGAACGAGCUCAAACUGGACGAUAACGAGGAGCUGAUCGACAAACUCAAACACGGUCAGUUCACCCUCAGAGACAUGUACGAGCAGUUUCAGAACAUCAUGAAGAUGGGACCCUUUGGACAGAUCAUGGGGAUGAUUCCUGGCUUCGGUACAGACUUCAUGAGUAAAGGAAAUGAACAGGAGUCGAUGUCAAGACUGAAGAAACUGAUGACCAUCAUGGACAGCAUGAACGACCAGGAGCUGGACAGUAAAGACGGGGCCAAGCUGUUCAGUAAGCAGCCCAACAGGAUCCAGAGGGUGGCUCGGGGGUCAGGGGUCGCGACCAGAGACGUCCAGGAGCUGCUGACUCAGUACACCAAGUUCGCCCAGAUGGUGAAGAAGAUGGGGGGCAUUAAGGGGCUGUUUAAAGGAGGAGACAUGUCCAAGAACGUGAACCCGUCUCAGAUGGCCAAACUGAACCAGCAGAUGGCCAAGAUGAUGGACCCCAGAGUCCUGCACCACAUGGGUGGAAUGGCAGGACUUCAGUCCAUGAUGCGUCAGUUUCAGCAGGGAGCCGCUGGAAACAUGAAAGGCAUGAUGGGAUUCAACAACAUGUGACCGCCAACCAAUCAGCUGCCUUAACACAUAAAAAAAAAAGUAAAAGCUCCACCUCCUGACAGGUACAGGUGGAGGGGGCGGGGCUUAGAGAGAGAGCACAGGAAGUGUAGAAAGACAAAAUAAAAGGAGGACGUUUGUCCUCUGCUGCUUUUCACCAACAAAGAUCUGAGCUUUUAGAAAAACACCAGAAGAAGAAAGGUGAUGAUUUAAAGGAGCAGUUCAACAGUUUCAGACGAGUUUGACCUCUGACCUGGUGAAACAUCUGGAACAUCUGGCUUCCAACAGAACUGUUGGACUGCUCCUUUAAACAGGGAGGAAGAGGAGGAAGAUGUUUAAACAGGGAGGAGGAGGAAGAUGUUUGUUGGGCCUUGUUAAUUUAAUUCUGUAUAAGAUGUUUAUGUAUAAGAUUUAAACAGCAGAGUCAGUCCUGAUUGGACGAGAUGAUGAUGAUGAUGAUGAUGAUGAUGAUGAUGACAUUAGUUAGUGACAGUAUUUUUGUCAUAUAAUAAACAUUUGUAUU